CCAGCAGCUCCUCCCCACAGGCUCCCCUCCCCAGCAGCUCCUCCCCCAUCUCCCCUCUCCCAGCUUUCUCGUUCCAGCUCCUCCCCUCCUCCGCGUCUCCUCGCUCCCCUCCCCCUCCUCCGCCGCUCCCUGCCCCCGCCGCCGAUCUCCAUCUCCGCAGUCUGGGCCGCUGGGUGCAGAAGCUGCCGCAGCCCCGGCGGCCACUGCCGCCUCCCCCAAUCCGGAUACCCAUUGUCUCCCACUCCACCUGGCCCUCCACCUCCCACACAACCAUGGCGCACGAAGCCGGGAGGAGCUCUCGUCUCGGGGGGCCCUGCGGGGAGCCGGCGGAGCUUGGAGGUGAUGCUAGCGAGGAGGACCACCCCCAAGUCUGUGCCAAGUGCUGCGCACAAUUCACUGACCCAGCUGAAUUCCUCGCCCACCAGAACGCAUGUUCUCCUGACCCCCCUGUAAUGGUGAUAAUUGGGGGCCAGGAGAACCCCAACAACUCUUCGACCUCUUCUGAACCCCGGCCUGAGGGCCACAGCAGUCCCCAGGUCAUGGAGGCCGAGCAGAGCAACCCCUCGGAUUCCGGGUCCUCUGUACCCACGGAUCCCACCUGGGGCCCAGAGCGGAGGGGAGAGGAGUCUUCGGGGCACUUUCUCGUAGCUGCCACAGGUACAGCAGCUGGGGGAGGUGGGGGCCUGAUCUUGGCCAGCCCUAAGCUAGGAGCAACUCCAUUACCUCCAGAAUCCACUCCUGCACCCCCCCCUCCUCCACCGCCUCCUCCGCCCCCAGGUGUAGGCAGCGGCCACUUGAACAUCCCUCUGAUCUUGGAAGAGCUCCGGGUACUGCAGCAGCGGCAGAUCCAUCAGAUGCAGAUGACUGAGCAAAUCUGCCGGCAGGUGCUACUGCUUGGCUCCUUAGGCCAGACAGUGGGCACUCCUUCCAGCCCCUCCGAGUUACCUGGGACAGGCGCCGCCUCCUCCACCAAGCCCUUGCUCCCCCUCUUCAGCCCCAUCAAGCCUGUCCAAACUGGCAAGACACUGGCGCCUUCCUCCACCUCCUCCUCCUCAGGGGCGGAAACACCCAAGCAGGCUUUCUUCCACCUUUAUCAUCCACUGGGGUCACAGCACCCUUUUGCUGCCGGAGGGGUCGGGCGAAGCCACAAACCCACCCCUGCCCCCUCCCCGGCCCUGUCAGGCAGCACAGAUCAGCUGAUUGCCUCGCCUCAUCUGGCAUUCCCAGGCACCACGGGACUACUGGCAGCACAGUGUCUUGGGGCAGCCCGGGGCCUCGAGGCUACUGCCUCCCCAGGGCUCCUGAAGCCAAAGAAUGGAGGUGGUGAGCUGGGCUAUGGGGAAUUGAUGGGUCCCUUGGAGAAGCCCGGUGGACGGCACAAGUGCCGCUUCUGUGCCAAAGUAUUUGGCAGUGACAGUGCCCUGCAGAUCCACCUGCGUUCCCACACAGGUGAGAGGCCCUAUAAGUGUAAUGUCUGUGGCAACCGCUUUACCACGCGUGGCAACCUCAAAGUGCAUUUCCACCGGCAUCGGGAGAAGUACCCGCACGUGCAGAUGAACCCUCACCCGGUACCAGAGCAUCUGGACUACGUCAUCACCAGCAGCGGCCUGCCCUAUGGUAUGUCCGUGCCGCCAGAGAAGGCCGAGGAGGAGGCGGCCGUGCCAGGUGGCGGUGUGGAACGCAAGCCUCUGGUGGCCUCCACCACGGCACUCAGUGCCACAGAGAGCCUGACGCUGCUCUCCACCGGGGCAGGCACAGCCACGGCUCCUGCGCUCCCUGCUUUCAAUAAGUUCGUGCUCAUGAAAGCGGUAGAGCCAAAGAGUAAAGCUGAUGAAAACACCCCACCCGGGAGCGAGGGCUCGGCCAUCGCCGGGGUGGCAGAAAGUGGCACAGCAACCCGCAUGCAGCUAAGUAAGCUGGUGACUUCGCUACCCAGCUGGGCCCUGCUCACCAACCACUUUAAGUCCACUGGUAGCUUCCCCUUUCCUUAUGUGCUAGAGCCCUUGGGGGCUUCACCCUCUGAGACCUCCAAGCUGCAGCAACUGGUAGAGAAGAUUGACCGUCAGGGAGCCGUGGCAGUGGCCUCUACUGCUUCGGGAGCCUCCACAACCUCUGCCCCUACAACUUCAUCCUCAGCCUCAUCGGGACCUAACCAGUGUGUCAUUUGUCUCCGCGUGCUGAGCUGUCCUCGAGCGCUGCGCCUGCAUUACGGCCAACAUGGAGGUGAGCGGCCCUUUAAGUGCAAAGUGUGUGGCAGAGCUUUCUCUACCCGGGGCAAUCUGCGUGCACAUUUCGUGGGCCACAAGGCUAGUCCAGCUGCCCGGGCUCAGAACUCCUGCCCCAUUUGCCAGAAGAAGUUCACCAAUGCUGUUACUCUGCAGCAGCAUGUUCGGAUGCACCUGGGGGGCCAGAUCCCCAACGGUGGUACCACGCUCCCUGAAGGUGGGGGAACUGCCCAGGAGAACGGCCCUGAGCAGUCUGCAGUCUCUGGGGCGGGGAGCUUCCCCCAGCAGCCAUCCCAGCAGCCAUCCCCAGAAGAGGAGUUGUCCGAAGAGGAAGAAGAGGACGACGAAGAAGAGGAAGACGUGACUGAUGAAGAUUCCCUGGCAGGGAGAGGCUCCGAGAGUGGAGGUGAGAAGGCGAUAUCAGUGCGUGGUGAUUCAGAAGAGGCCUCCGGGGCAGAGGAGGAAGUGGGAACUGUGGUGGCAGUGGCCACAGCUGGGAAGGAGAUGGACAGUAAUGAGAAAACGAUUCAACAGCCUUCUCUGCCGCCGCCGCCGCUGCCGCCUGACAGCCUGGAUCGAACGCAGCCAGUGGAGCAGGGCGGCAGUGAUGUUGCAGGAGGCACAGAAGAGGGGGCCAAACCGGAGAGGAGCGCCAGCCCAGUGUCAGCGUUGGUCCUAGAAGGGGAAGGCAGCAGCCCCACCUUGGUGGAGGAGCUGAGCCUGCAGGAAGCGAUGAGAAAGGAGCCCGGAGAGAGCAGUAGCAGAAAGGCCUGUGAGGUGUGUAGCCAGACCUUUCCCACCCAGGCAGCUCUGGAGGAGCAUCAGAAGACCCACCCCAAGGAGGGGCCGCUCUUCACUUGUGUUUUCUGCAGGCAGGGCUUUCUCGAACGGGCUACCCUCAAGAAGCAUAUUCUGCUGGCUCACCACCAGGCCCUGCACCACCAGUGCUGUUUGGCCCAGGAACUGUGGCUGAGAAGUUGCCUCCAGCAAUGGGAUCCAGAGAAGCCAAGGAGAAGAGAUUCCCCCCUCCUCCUCUUUUGGCCUCUGGCAUCCAAGACAGUGCCUGAGAAAGCCCAUCAUAGAAGAGAAGUAGCAAACUGUACAUUUCUUCUCCUUCCCCCUGCUCCAGAAGGUGCCGACAGUGAAGAUGCAACAAUAUCAGUUAUCUGGUGGCUCAGCCCCAGGGUGUAGGGAGAAACGAAGGGCGUAGGACACUCUUCCCAGUAGUAAGGCACUAAUGUGCCUUCGUCACGUUAAGGCAGAGGUGUUGGCUGGUUAAUAUGCCAAGAUAUUUUGAGCUUCUCAUAGCUUUCAUCCUUGCCUCUGAGUUAGUAAAGAAGUGGAUUUCUUGCUGAGAGGUCUCCCAUGGGAUGGAUAUUUUGGGGAAGGAAAUGUGAAGUUCAUAUCUUUAACAAGCAUUGUUGAUGAGGGUUAGCUGAAGGAAUAAUGGAGAGUUUAGGAGUGUUGCUAAAGCAUAGGGCUUGCUGAGAAGCUAUGUGAUUAAGAAAGGGGUGUGAUGUAAGGGAAGGGACCUCAAACUCUUAAUUGGAUGGGUCGACGGGUCUCAUGAAUGUUCUUUUGAACUCAUGAUGACUUUAGUGUGCAGCAGUGCACCAUGGAUCAUGGGGGACUUCCUAGCACUAGUGUGCUUCUAGUUUUAGAUAACUCCCUCCUCUAUUCCCUGGCCCCUUGUAUUUUCCUCAUCUUCCUCUUUCAAGGUCCACUUCCUUCCCAUUUUGCCUGUCCACGGACCAGGGCUUAUGUCUUUGCCGCUGUCUGGUUCUUAGAGUCCCAGACUUUGGGACGUGAGCCCUAGGUGCUGUCCUCCCUGCCUCUCCGUUUUGUAAUGAGAUGUAGUAUUUACUCUUAACAUAGGAUCAUUUGGAACAGGAGUUCUGAGGAGGAGGGAGUGAGGGUUCUGCUAUUGACUGACUUGAGUGAUGGCUCCUCCUCCAAAGGUGUAGGCUCCAGUUUCCUAACAUAGUAAAAUGUGAAGAGCAGACAACGGAGGUGUUAGUGUCUUUCCCUUUUCAUUAAAGGUGUUUUA